AUUCUAUGCAUCCCGCAAGAUCCGGUUUUUCUUCUCGACAAAGCAGCAGUUUGUUGAUCAUGGCGAAAAGUGCUCUAAGAGUACCUUUCGUUGAUUUAAAACAACCAAAUUCUAGCAUAUCGUUAUUGAAACUCAUCAACUGUGAUGGGGGGUUCGGUUAUGGAAUUCCAUUUACUUCAUCAUCGGUGCUCGUGGAUUACGUGGAUGAAGUUGACGCUGAUCAGAAUUCAUGGUGUAAUUGUUACGCAUUUACAGAAAUAUUUGCUUCUGGAAACACUUUACUGAUGGAUUAUAUAGAACUAGGAGAGACCCCAGAUGAUAGAAUGCAACGAAGAAUGCUUGAAACCCUGUUGUCAUUUCAUGAUAAAAAACGAGAUGCAGAAACAGCUCUCCAUGUAAUGGAGGAUAAAAAGUUAUCUGAAACUGAAUGGAUGACAAGGAUAGCAGUCCAUUAUUUAUCACGGCUGUCUGUUUCACAUACUUACAAGUUAGACUCCUGCUACAAAAAGAAAUUUACAGAGUGUCCUUGUUCUUGCAAAAAAGAAGUUAACUAUGGUGACACUUCUAUUGGCAAUCCCCACACAUGGUAUGGACAAUUUGGUGUUUUACUUGGAAAUUAUCCAUCGGAUAAAGGGAAAUCCGAAGCUCACAGACAAGGUGAAGUAGCCGCAAGUGAGGUGCAAGAAGCUGAUCCCCAGGAAAGUUCUUCUGAUGACCUUUUAAUAUGUGACGAUUCAUGGAGUGGGAGCUCACAAGCCGAAAUUAAACUUUCACCUCUGAAUGCCCAUAUGCCACAGCUACAUUCACAAACAAUUGUUUUUUCUUUCUAUCAGAAAAAAUGUCACUCUGAUUUGAAUCUCAUUCCAUUUAUGGGGGUGAGCAGAAAUCACAUCCAGUUUCAUUUUUACGACAGUAAGGAAGAUAUUUAUCUUUUAAGCCGAGAAAUGCCUUUGUUUUAUGCAGACAAAACACUGAACAUGUCUACAGUAAUAGCCACAUGGCUUGUUUUGAAUUACCAGUAUCUGAUGUCUGGUGUCACAGCAAAAAUGAAAUCUGAGAAAAAAUUUGGUUUUCAUUCAUCUGUUGGACCUAAAUAUUUGAAAUUGUUUCAAAAUGAUAUUGAAAUGGGCCCUUUAAAGUCUGAGCCUUAUAAAUUUAAUGAUAUUAUUUUGACAGGGAAACGUUUUUUGCCUCAAAAUGAUGUUACUGCAGAUAUUGAUGCCAAGUAUGCAAGGAAAGCAUACUAGAUAAUGUAUAAGAAAUGUCUGUGUUGAGCACAAUAAAGACUCUACUGUCCUCUUAUGUAAUCAUA